AUGUUUUCCCGGCUCAUUACGGUCUCACAGCCUCGACCAUCUCUUCAACCUUCCACACGACGACGUUCUCAACUAGUGCACGUUCUGUCGGGACUGAUGACAUUCAUCCGCCACUGUGGAUACCAUGCACGAACGGCAAUGCUAUUUACGGCAUCCGACUUGAAAACCAUCCUACUCCCCAUAUCGGCCUUCGCAUGUGCGACCGCCCCUCUUUGUUCCUUUGACCGGCUCCUUCGCGCCCUCAUCUGGACUUGGAUCCACCAAUUCAUGUGCAACGUCUCCAACCAGGCCCGGACGCGCCUUGAAGAUGCUGUCAACAAGCCAUGGCGCCCACUCCCUGCAGGGCGCAUCACCGAGCGACAGGCCUUUGUGCUUCGCUGGGUGACAGUCGCCGCGGCAUUCGGCUGCUCGGCACUACACGGCGGGGAUCUCAUGCUUACGACGCUCGGACUCUUAUUGACUACAUUCGCCUACGACGAGCUUGGUCUUGCCGGACACCUUAUCGGGAAAAGCAUCUGCAAUAUCGGGGGCUACACCACGUUAGAAAUCGGGGCAACCAAGCUCAUGGGAGCGACGCGCGAUCUAGACAACGUAUCAGCUACGGCAGUAUGCAUCAGCGGUGCUUUGAUUUGCACCACUAUCCAAGCCCAAGACUUUGCAGACGUUGAGGGUGAUGCCAUCCUGGGCCGCAAGACGUUCCCCAUCUAUGCCCCCGAGUUCUCCCGGAUUGCGACUGUGACUGCAAUAAGCGUAUGGUCACUGUUCCUAGCCUCGUUCUGGGGCAUUGGAUCUGUGUGCGGGGCGAUUUUCGUCGUCUUCGGGAGCUUUGUCGGGAGCCGAUUUUACUCCCUCCGGGGUCCUGACGACGACGAAUUGUCAUAUGUGCUGUACAACGUGAGUAAGAUCUGUACUAUAAUGCUAGUGGCACGGUCGACACUGAGAGCUUUGCCGCAGGUCUGGUUGACUAUGGUGCAUAUCAUGCCGAAUCAUGCCCGGACGGGAUUAUUCACAUUCUAG